AUGCCAACGAUCUCACGACAAUACGACCAUGAGUUGACGACUACAACAUCACGGACACGACUCCACGCCCACGACCCCAUGCCCACAGCUACGCCCACGACCCCACGCCCACAUUGCGCCAACGACCCAACACCCACGACCUCACGCCCACGACCCAACGCCCAUGACCCCACGCCCACGACCCCAAGCCCACGACCCCAUGUCCACGACCCAACGCCCGAAGCUUCGCCCACGCCCCCACGCCCACGGCCCCACGCCCACGACCCCACCCCCGCGAUCCAACCACCACGACCCCCACGCCCACAACCCCACGCCUACAACCCCUCGCCCACAGCUACGCCCACGACCCCACGCCUAUAUUGCGCCAACACCUACGCCCACAGCUACGCCUAUAACCCCACGACCUCACACCCACGCCCACAACCCCAUCCCAAAAACGCACUUUCCCUCCUACUUUAG